AUGCUUCGCGCUCUGCGGGCUAUCUUCUACCGCGAAGGAUUUGAUGAAAUGACCGACAACUUUGGUGGGUUUUCUCCCUGGAGGUUUUAUUUUGCAAAUUCUCUUAUGGCCAUCCAGGGUCUGUUCGGCAAAGUGGUAGCCUUCCUGCUGAUUAUCUUUGCGGACAAUGUGUUCGAUUUGCCACUGAAUUUCACAGCAGUCAUGUUCGUAUCAGAGCUGGAUGAAAUUAUUUUCUUUCUAUCGAGGGCUGGCUACGUCGGCAGAGACUCUGAAAGAAUGGCCAAGAAGAUUCAAAAUAUGAAACUCCCACAACGAACACUAAAUGGAAUCUUGCAGCAUGUGCAUAUCCUUGUCUAUGGUUUGAUAAUGGUCGCUACAUUCAUCGCUUUCGCCAUUCUUGCUCGAAAGCAAGACAGUCAGGAAAGUCUUGCUGAGUUCGUCAAGGUCGAGUUCGGAGAUGAAGUCGAUCCAACCCUUGGCCUGUUCUCAGGCUGCUACGAGAAACAAUUGAAUGACGGUUGGGAUGCAAGAGUUCGAUACGUGCAGACUCAGUCAGCUCGAGGCAAAGGCAAUUUUGAAUAUUGUCUUGAGGAUGAUCUUCGGACAUGGGUCUUCGCGAACGCUCAGUCUGAGACAGUGUGCAAUGAUAAUUUCGCGAUCCGAUCAGCCGAGGAACGAUCUACUAGCUUUGACUUGUUGGAUGCAAAGGGCGAUCAGUGGUUGAUUGGAACAGGAAACCCAAUAUCGGAGUUUCAGUUGGGAGAAAUCGACCCAAGUCGUUUCGAGAUUGAAUGCGGCAUUAUAUCAAUCGAAGGCACAUCAAGUUCAACAGAGGAGUUGUGUCCGGUCGUGAACGUUGAUGGAUUUACAAUUGGAUUUUUUGGUAGCAAUGAUUGGUCUAGAACAUAUGAUAUGUUAGAGAACAGGAAUUCUGAAGUCGUCCAAUUCUACCAACAUCCAGUAUUCAUUGGAGAUUCUCUGGGUGCGGAAGGGUACGAAAUACUAUUCUUCGCUGGGCGAAGGUGGGUCCUUGCAAGCGCCGCAAAGCUGUUAAAAGAAGUUGACGACCCUGUCAUUUCGUUGUUUGAAUCCUCUAUGUUUUGGCUUUUGGAUCUUCCAGCAGACGCGCUGUCCUAUCUAAGUGAGACUGUGAACGCAGGCAACGAUCGAGGUACACCACUAGGUCUCCAGUGGUACACUGCACGAUAUGCAAACGGAAUUUCGUUCCCUUUUCCUGAUAUCAGCCGUCCAGUCGACUCAUCCUUCUGGUGUGGCAAAUGCAACAGUAGGACCAAUACAUGUCUACAUGAAGGAAUCUGCCAAGAUGACGCGGGGCCACAUGCUCGAAAUCAAAUUGUGGAGUCGGAGCGAUGGACGUUGCCUUUGGUCAAAGUCUGCUACGGAAUGGUACUGGGUGAAGUGACGAUCAACAGGAACCUUUUAUCAGGUACGAUUCCCUCAGAGAUAGGAAAUUUGAGUAGUUUGGGACUGGCAGACUUGUCUGCGAAUGCUUUAUGGGGGGAAAUCCCCUCGGAGGUUGGAAAGUUGAGUGCUUUGAGUGAACUAUUCCUCGAGAACAAUCGCUUCUCUGGAACAGUGUCCACGGAGGUCGGAAGGUUGAGUUCUUUGAAAUAUUUAUGGCUGUUCAACAAUACCUUUUCCGGAACUCUUCCCUCGGAGGUUGGAAAUUUGAGUGCUUUGUUAGGACUUUGGUUGUUCGACAAUCGUCUCUCGGGGGGAAAUUCCAUUUGA